AUGCGGCCAGAGGUGGAAGGCUGCGGUUUAGUGGACACUCACUUCUCCAGACGCGGACACGUAGACCGUCACGCGCGCACGAUCUGGCCCAACAAGAACCAAACCCAAAUGCGACUGCUAAAAUCCCCUUGGAAUCCAAUUGCGCGUGUAUUUGACGCAGCAAAGAGGAGGAGACGGCCAGCUCCACGGUCCCCGGUCCUCACGCGGUGUCGCAGUGUAUGUAGCAGACACAGACUGGAUGUGGACCUGGACCUGGAUGUGGAUGUGGACGCAGACAGUUUGGUUUCCCUCCCGUGGUCGUUCUCUGCUCGGAUCGCGCGGUCAGAGCGCACGUGUGGAAUACCAACGCGGCACGGUGUGGUGCGGUCACUGCGAAAGAGGAGAGAGAGGAAAGGGGAGAGAUGGAAGGAGAGAGAGGGGAGAGGGGGGAGAGGAGAUGGGAGAGAAAGGAGAAAGAGGAGCGAUGACUGGGGCGACAGACAGGGGGAGACGAGAGGAGCGUGGAGAGAUGACAGGGGCGAGAGCAGGAGCGGAAAAGAUGAGCGAGAAAAGAGGGAGGAAAGAUGA